AUGCGCGUCCUCGCUUUGGGAUUGGCCUCUUUGGCCCUGGCGUCUGCCAUUCCUCUUCAGCAUCGCCGAGGCCAAGAAAACAGCCCUCCAAGUAAGCCAUCCAUCUUUGCUCACCCAUGCAUAUGGCUAAUGACCUUGCCACCAGGCUACGGAGGCGAGGACGACCAAGACCAAGGCAAGCAGUCCGGCGGCAUUGCCUCUCCCGUUCAAGGACAGCAACCAGGAGCUGUUGGAGGUUCAGGCCCGAGCCCUCAAGGUAUGUGUAUGAAUGGCAUUCCUCCCCCGGACACCCUCUAAGAAUUAGUAGGUGGCCAACAGAGCAAUCAAGGCGUCCCCGGCGGUCAGGGCAUUGUAGCUAUUCCCAAGCCCCCGAACCAGGCUGGAGGAAGCAUCGCAUCUCCUGUUGGUCAGGGUCAACAGAAUGGCCAGCUUCCUCAUGAGGCCGGGGGCGGAAAACUUCCUGUAAGUCAUGCGAAAGCGAAGGCUCUAGGUUUUGAUAGGAUCGGUGCUAAUAUUUGCUAUCAGGGUCAGGGGUCCAGUGGAGGCGUUGUCCCUCAAUCCCAAAGUGGUCAACAGAAUGGCUACGGGCAGAAUGGCUACGGGCAGAAUGGCUACGGGCAGAAUGGCUACGGGCAGAAUGGCUACGGGCAGAACGCCAACGGACAGAAUGGAAUCGGGCAGAAUGGAUUUGGCCAGAAUGGCUACGGACAGAAUGGAGUCGGUCAGAACCAAAACGGGGGUGCAAUUGCCUCCCCUCAGCAAGGACAGUCUGGCCAAGGCAUUGUUCCCAUCCCACAACCCGGGAAGGGACAGUCUAGCGGCAUCGCUUCUCCAGCUCAAGGUCAGAAUGGUUACGGGCAGAAUGGAGUUGGCCAGAACCAAAAUGGGGGUGGAGUUGCCUCCCCUCAGCAAGGACAGUCUGGCCAAGGCAUUGUUCCCAUCCCACAACCCGGAAAGGGACAGAGCAGCGGUAUCGCCUCUCCAGCUCAAGGUCAGCAGGGAGGUGAACAAGGAGGUCUUCAGAGCUAUGGUGAUGACAAGAAAAUGCCCAGCGGGGAGUCGGUAGCCGGUCCCGUUGGAGGUCAUGGAACUCCUAAGGGCUCUGGCGGGAACAGCGGCGCGGAGGCUAGUCCCAUCGGCCAGUCAGGGCAAAGCCAGGGUGGUAAAGGAGGCCAUGCUGCUCCUCAGGCCUACGGCGACAGCAAAGGCGGUGCGGAAGCCAGUCCCAUCGGCAAGUCAGGGCAGAGCCAGGGUGGUGAAGGAGGCCAUGCUUCUCCUCAGGCCUACGGCGACAACAGCGGCGCGGAGGCCAGUCCCAUUGGCCAGACAGGCAGCCAAGACGGCGGCGAGAAGCCAUCUACUUACGGUGGCACCCAGUAG